UUGAAAAUUUUUGGAGUUUUCAUACAAAACAACUGUGAAUCAUGACUCUGUUUUCUUUGUUUUUCUAAUCUUAAUCGUUUUGUUUCGUGCCAUCUUUUAAGACAAAAGAAAGGGAAGAUCGACAUGAUCUCUGUUCGGUGUGUUUGUUUUACAUUUCAUGUUGAAAGACACCCACGUUUUGGUUACAUAAUUGCUUGAAAUCCACCAUUUUUGAUCGUGAAGGGGAAAAAAGCUUGACAAGCAAAAACAAAUGGCGGAGUGUUCGCCGGUGAAGAAAUCCGGUUGCGGGAUAUUCAGUGCGGUGUUCGGAAAGCAUGGUUUGUGGCCUAGAAGAUCGACUUCAACGGGUUCAUUGCAUAUUAUAAAGGAAGACAACAAAAGCAACGUCAACACAUCGAACACAUACACAGAGCGCCGGCGAAGCGGUUCCGAUGAGGCGGCGUUCUUCGGACCAGAAGGUCGGCCACAAAAACCCAUCACGAAACUGACUCCGAAGGUCACGGCGGUGUACCAGCAGAACCCGGUCCGGAAGCAUGUUGAAGAACCGACAAGAACAACGACCACGGGUACACAAGGACACGGCAUCGUCAACGGCAACAUCAAUCGGAAAGUGCCGAAAGAAUCCAUUAGCUUAUCUGGCGAGCUCGAGGGCAUGAUCGCCGAUCAUCAGAAAACAAGAGGAAUGAUUUACGGGAACCUAGGCAACUUGAGGCAACCAGGGAACACGAACACAAUUAAUGCGAAAGUCGACGAUGUUUCGAAACCUAAUGGGAAAUUAUACCCCAACACCGUGAUGGGAAACGUGGUCAAGAAGCCGGUCGAAGAAAAGAAAUCGGCUUCACUUUGUCGAGCUCUCUCGACGAGAAUGGAUCCCGAAACGUUGAAAUUCAUGGGCAACGAAGAUUACAAGAACGGCAAUUUCGCAGAGGCUUUAGCUUUGUACGAUGCAGCCAUUGCCAUUGAUCCCAACAAAGCUGCAUAUCGAAGCAACAAAAGUGCAGCUUUAGCGGCUUUGGGAAGGCUCGUCGAGGCAGUUUUCGAGUGCAGGGAAGCCAUUAUUAUCGAGCCUCAUUAUCACAGAGCUCACCACCGUUUAGCUAACUUAUAUCUCAGGUUAGGGGAUGUGGAGAAGGCUAUAUAUCACUACCAGCACGCCGACCUUGAAGCAGAUAAAGACGACAUUGCUAAAGCUAGAAAUGUUCAGGCACAUUUGAACAAAUGUACUGAAGCUAAAAGGCGACGGGAUUGGGACAGUCUGGUAAAAGAAACAGAUUCGGCCAUUAAUGGUGGUGCAGAUUCAGCUCCACAGAUAUUUGCAUUGAAAGCUGAGGCCCUGUUGAAGCUCCAUAGACACGAAGAUGCCGAUGAAACAUUAUUGGGAGGUCCGAAUUUCGAGGUCGACGACUUGAAUAAAUACUACGGCCCUAUUGGUAAUGCUAAUUUGCUGGUUGUUCGAGCUCAGGUGGAUAUGGCUGCCGGCAGAUUUGAUGAAGCAUUGGAGGCGAUUCAACGAGCCGUCAAGCUUGACCCGAACAACAAAGAAGCGAGUUCCGUAAUGAGAAAGGCGAGGGCGGUGGCGUUUGCUCGAUCCAACGGCAACGAGCAUUUCAAGGCAUCGAAAUUCCCGGAAGCAUGCGCCGCAUACGUGGAAGGGCUGGACCAUGAUCCCCACAACUCCAUCUUGCUGUGCAACCGAGCCGCUUGUUGGUCCAAGCUCGGUCAUUUCGAAAAGGCAGUAGACGACUGCACCCAUGCCCUCCACCUGCGCGCAGGCUACACCAAGGCUAGACUACGACGAGCGGAUUGUAAUUCCAAGUUGAAGAAAUGGGAAGCUUCAAUACAAGACUACACGAUCUUGCUGAGAGAAACACCUAACAACGAGGAGGUGAAAAGGGGAUUGUUGGAAGCUCAAAUGCAGCUCAAGAAACAACGUGGUGGAGUGGUAUGAAGACAAGAAUGUCGAGUACGAACAUCAAAGACAUGGAGAAAAGGAAGAGAAAAAGCAAGCUUAAAGGCAUAUAAGCUAAGGGACAAAGCGAGCUAAUGUUAAGGUUAAAAAAAAGGUUGUCCUAAGAUGGAACGAAAAGUUGCUUUUGUUAUUCGUGAGGAAUU